AUGGCUGGGGCGGCACAAAGACACCGAGGGUCCCUGGAUUCUGGUGUUGCGGCGUGGCUGGACUGUAGACACCGGGAGGAGUGGGCAGAGAAGGCCAGAGGGAGCAGCCUCUGUCACAGGCUGGUCCUGAGUCUGUCCUGGCAAACAGGGAUGAGUCUGUCCUGGCAGGGAUGUUUCCUCAGAAGGGACAGUCUAUCAAAGCACCAACAGCAACUGAGCCCCCAAGUGCAUCAGCAACCUGGGACACCCAGGCUGGGGGCACCUGAAGCAGCUCAAGACCUGGCAAUCAGGACCCACUGGAAGACCCCACUCACAGCGCUGGGUAGCGGGAGGCCAAAGGGCCAAGAGGAACCAGAGGCCUCAGUCCGUGCAGCCCCACCUGCCCACCCCACGCAGCUCCAGGAUGUAGCGAAGAGUGGGUCUGGAAGUGUCUGCCUGGGAAGGAUCUCCCGGCUGACCUUCAAACACUCCCAGUGCAAUCCCGCCCCAAGGACACCGCACUUGCAGUCCCCUCCUGGGAACGUCUUUGCCCAGAUGUCCCUGGGAUUCCCUUCCCCCACUGGACCCCAUUCCCUCCUUCACUUUCCCACUGGGCUCGUGACAUUUACUCCUCACUGAGGAUCCCCCGAUGCCCUCCUCCGACCAGAAUAUCAGCUCCUUGAAGGCAGAGACUCUGGGCUGCUUUAACCACCACAUCCUAGUGUCCAGGACAGUGCCUGACACACACUAAGUCAUGGGAUGAAUAAACACUUAGAAAAGCAUCUGAACUUAAUAGCUGCUGUUUCUUUAAAACCAAGAGAGCCAGGCAUGUAAUCUCUUGCACUUUGGGAUCCCAGCACUUUGGGAGGCCAAGGCGGGUGGAUCCACCUGAGGUCAAGAGUUCGAGACCAGCCUAGCCACCAUGAUGAAACCUCAUCUCUAGUAAAAAUACAAAAAUUAGCUGGGUGUGGUGGUGGGCCCCUAUAAUCCCAGCUACUCAGGAGGCUGAGUCAGAAGAAUCGCUUGAACCCGGGAGGCAGAGGUUGCAGUUAGUAGAGAUUGUGCCACUAUAGUCCAGCCUGGGCAACAGAGCAGGACUCCAUCUCAAAACAAAAAAACAAACAAACAAAAAGCCCCAACAAUCAAGAGACACAAAAUGAAGAUGGAAUGCAACAAUAUGCAUAGCAGGAUCAAUCACACUUUCCCAGAAUAGAGGAUGUGCGUGAAGGUGGGAGACAGGUGAGCUGGCAGGCCCUGCACCCCCUGGCCUUGACGCUGCCCCCUCCCUGGGUGUUCCUAAGAAACAUCUUGGCUUCUGGCUCACUGCCUUUCUGACUGGGCAGUUUCCUCUAUGCUUUGUCCAUAUUGGUCCCCGCCGGAUCUUCAGCUUAGGCUGAGACCCCAGAACCAGCCUGUAGUUCGUACAUGAACCCCCAGACUUGAAACAAGCUGAGCUCGCAGUCCGGAGAAUGGCUGAUGCUGGGUCCUCAAGUUAAUUAGCUGACGUUCAGCAGCAUUUUCCUCAUGUACCGUAUCAGGGAGCUACUUGUUAAAACGAAGCCACGCAUUGUACUUUCCUAAGUCGGCCUGAGUCUGGGGAGAUUUGGCCUGUCUGUAAGUUUAAUUUUAAACUAAUUCCUAAAGCUGGAGGAGAUUUGCAACACAGGUUGACGGCUCAUCUUAGAGUCUCAAAAGUCCUGUGAACGUUCUCAGAUGCACUUGGGGAAGGCCUCGUCACAAAGCUCUGCUUCAAGUGGUCAUUCCUUCUGAGGAACACACAGACCGUUCAAGCGCCUGUGUCUGCACACACCUGCAGGUCCUUACACCUGAGUGCCGUGCAAGCUGCAGCUCCCAAGCGACAAAGGAAGCCGCCCACUUCUGACUCAAGAGCAGCUGAGAAGAGAAUGAAAGGAAGGCAAGACUGUGGCAAGGGAAGGCUCAGGGACAGGUGGUGGUGGGCGUGCUCAGGACACUCCCAGAGGAAUGCUGGAUCUCUUACAGAGCUCAAAUGGGAUGAUUGCUCACUCGGCAGGUGCUGCAGAAUCUCACCGGGCAAAGGCUGAGAUUAGGGCCCAGCUGGCGUAGCCACAUCAAAGCCAACAGCAGACACUCCCCUCUCCUGAGAAGACCCAUUCCUGAAACUUUUAAUUUACUAAUUCCAUCAAAAAUUAAACCUUUAAUUGUACUUUGUUUUUCAAAUGGCUCCCACUGUGACUGUCUAGGUAGUAUUUGUCUCACUCUGGUAGUUACCUGGACUUUCCAAUUGUGGUGGUUUAUUUUACCUUGGAGUGACUCUCUCUUUUUCCCCUUUUUUCCACACUCUAAAAUUUCUCCUUGUCACAAUUAUUAAUAGGUUCUGUUCCUAAAGCCAUAAUAUUCAAAUGAUCUUAAUAAAGCACAGCUCUAGGGCCAGCCAGCCAGCAAAAGAGAAAAUCUUGAUCCCCACAAGUCCAGGAAGCCUCCACCCUCCCCGCUGAAAUCCUCCAUGACCACCCCCCUCCCCUCGCCUGGCCAGACAGGCUGCACCAUUAUGACCAAGGGCUUCCUCUGCUCUCAGAAUGACUCAGCCUGGACUUCACCAACUGGCUAAACAGGGAAUCAGCUAGGGGGUAGGGUGAGAGAUGUCCUAAAAUCUCUUCUUUGUCAAUGAAUACUAGAAAAAGUCACCUGGUGAUAGAAGCUUCAGGGUUUAUACAGAACCCACCCCAAGUCACAGAGCUCUGUUGCUGGGAAGGCAUUCAGCCUGGGUGGAUGACAUCCAGGCAUAUCCCCUGCUCGGAUGAUGCUCCACCACCAUCACCACCCACCAAGUGGAGAAGCUGCACUUAUCAGCUUCAAUCUCUAAUCCUAGUAACCUCCAAAAAAAAAAAAAAGAGAGAGAGAGAGAGAAAGCCAAAGCCAACCAAUGAGCAGGAGGAAAUGAGAAUGCAAAGAGCUUCGAGACAUGCAACCACUUUGGAGACACUGGCCAGUUAAAUGGCAACUUCUAGGGUCACUCAGAGCCUCAGGACACCUGGCAAGAAAAGAGAAUGAAAGGGAGGAAGCUGAAGAAGGGUGGGGACAGGAAUGGAGAAGAGAGAAAGAAAGGUAAGCGGAAGAGAGGAGGGACAAUGGAGAAAUGUAAAUCUACUUGACAGCCAGAGACCUUAUCCUUCAGGUCCUGCGUGUGCCAGUUCCUCCAUCUGGAAUUCCCUUAUCCCCUCCUGCAUCUAGAGAAUGCAGAGUCCUGAUUUAAGACUGUGCUGAAGUGUAACCUUGUCUGUGGAGUACCCUCCUUCUCACCGAAGGGAGAAAAUCUAUCCUCCUGAACCUUUAGUCAGGACAAGAUGUUAUACUGCAGUAACAAUAACAAUUGACCCUAACAGUUCAGUGGCUUCAACAAAAAGCCACUUGUUCACACCACACAUCCCCUGCAUGUUGUGGGGGAGGAGACUCCACUCCAUGUAGUCACUCAGGGAUCCAGGCUGCUGGAGCCUCCACCUCAGCACAAGCAGCCCUGAUUACUGAGUCAGGAGAAGGGCACAUAGCAAACCACACAUGUCACUUCUGCUCACCCUGCAUGGGCCAAAGUCAGUUGUACAACCACUCCUAACUUCAAAGGGGGCAGGGAGGAAGAGUUCCACCAUGGGCACCCAGGAGGAAAAACAGAAAUAUCAAUUCUCAGUGCUAAGGCUAUCUCCCGCGUCUACCCCGGCAGCAGUUGUGAUGGUCACUGCUCCAUGGCAGCAUUUCACAUUAGGUUUUAUAGUUUCU